GCUGGGCUCAGCGCGGCGCCAGCUGCCGCACCGCGAUUACGGGCUGCCCGCCUGGAACCCGAACCGAUCGCUGGCGAUUGCCUUAGCCAAGAGCUGUCUCGACCAUGUAGAUACCAGCCCCAGGGAUCAGCAUGGGCCCCACUGAAUGGAGACUCCUGGGUCAGCAUUCCUGAGCCUCUUCGGCCCCUGGACCUCACACCACUCCUGGGGACACUCCUCAGAGCUCUCCAGUGCUGUCGCCAGCCCACCUCAGCCAUCACCUCCUCCUGGGACUCGAAGUUGGCUGCCUCAAGCAACUACCCUCUGGUGAGGGUAUACUGAGGACAGCCACACACAGCCAUCACCCAGAGGCCCCUUUUCCACUGCUGACCCUCAGGCCCAGCCUGAGCAGAAACUUCAGCAAACAUGGGUGAUAUGACCAACAGCGACUUUUACUCCAAAAACCAAAGAAAUGAGUCGAGCCAUGGGGGCGAGUUCGGGUGCACCAUGGAGGAGCUGCGCUCCCUCAUGGAACUGCGGGGCACCGAGGCUGUGGUCAAGAUCAAGGAGACAUAUGGGGACACUGAAGCCAUCUGCCGGCGCCUCAAAACCUCACCUGUUGAAGGUUUGCCGGGCACCGCUCCAGACCUGGAAAAGAGGAAACAGAUUUUUGGGCAAAACUUCAUACCUCCAAAGAAACCAAAAACCUUCCUGCAGCUGGUGUGGGAAGCGCUACAGGACGUGACACUCAUCAUCCUGGAGAUCGCGGCCAUCAUCUCCCUGGGACUGUCCUUCUACCACCCACCGGGAGAGAGCAAUGAAGGAUGUGCCACGGCCCAGGGUGGGGCAGAGGAUGAAGGCGAAGCAGAAGCAGGCUGGAUUGAGGGGGCUGCUAUCCUGCUGUCAGUCAUCUGUGUGGUCCUCGUCACAGCCUUCAAUGACUGGAGUAAGGAGAAACAGUUCCGGGGCCUGCAGAGCAGAAUUGAGCAGGAACAGAAGUUCACCGUAGUCCGGGCUGGCCAGGUGGUCCAGAUCCCUGUGGCUGAGAUCGUAGUUGGGGACAUUGCCCAGAUCAAAUAUGGUGACCUCCUUCCUGCUGACGGCCUCUUCAUCCAGGGCAAUGACCUCAAGAUCGAUGAGAGCUCACUCACGGGAGAGUCUGACCAGGUGCGCAAGUCUGUGGAUAAGGACCCCAUGUUGCUGUCAGGAACCCAUGUGAUGGAAGGCUCAGGACGGAUGGUGGUGACUGCUGUGGGUGUGAACUCUCAGACUGGAAUCAUAUUUACCCUGCUUGGGGCUGGUGGUGAAGAGGAAGAGAAGAAAGACAAAAAAGGUGUGAAGAAGGGGGAUGGCCUUCAGCUACCAGCGGCCGACGGCGCAGCACCUGCAAACGCUGCAGGUAGCGCAAAUGCCAGCCUAGUCAAUGGUAAAAUGCAGGAUGGCAGUGCUGACGGCAGCCAGAGCAAAGCCAAGCAGCAGGACGGGGCAGCUGCUAUGGAGAUGCAGCCUCUGAAGAGCGCGGAGGGCGGUGAUGCAGAUGACAAGAAGAAAGCCAACAUGCACAAGAAAGAGAAGUCGGUGCUUCAGGGCAAGCUCACCAAGCUGGCUGUGCAGAUAGGCAAGGCGGGCCUGGUAAUGUCAGCCAUCACAGUGAUCAUCUUGGUGCUCUACUUCACCGUGGACACCUUCGUGGUCAACAAGAAGCCGUGGCUGACCGAGUGCACACCUGUCUACGUACAGUACUUUGUCAAGUUCUUCAUCAUUGGUGUGACGGUGCUGGUGGUUGCUGUGCCCGAGGGCCUCCCUCUGGCUGUCACCAUCUCACUGGCCUAUUCCGUGAAGAAAAUGAUGAAGGACAACAACCUGGUACGCCACCUGGAUGCCUGUGAGACCAUGGGCAAUGCCACAGCCAUCUGCUCGGACAAAACGGGCACGCUGACCACCAACCGCAUGACCGUGGUACAGGCCUAUGUCGGUGAUGUUCACUACAAGGAGAUCCCUGAUCCCAGCUCCAUCAAUGCCAAAACGUUGGAGCUGCUGGUCAACGCCAUUGCCAUCAACAGCGCCUACACCACCAAGAUCCUCCCCCCGGAAAAAGAGGGCGCCCUGCCCCGGCAGGUGGGCAACAAGACAGAGUGCGGCCUGCUGGGCUUUGUGCUGGACUUGAGGCAGGACUAUGAGCCGGUGCGCAGCCAGAUGCCAGAGGAGAAGCUGUAUAAGGUGUACACCUUCAACUCCGUGCGCAAGUCCAUGAGCACCGUCAUCAAGAUGCCUGACGAGAGCUUCCGCAUGUACAGCAAGGGUGCCUCAGAGAUUGUGCUCAAAAAGUGCUGCAAGAUCCUCAGUGGGGCAGGGGAACCCCGUGUCUUCCGGCCCCGAGACAGGGAUGAGAUGGUUAAGAAGGUGAUCGAGCCCAUGGCCUGUGACGGGCUCCGUACCAUCUGUGUGGCCUAUCGUGACUUCCCCAGCAGCCCUGAGCCUGACUGGGACAACGAGAAUGACAUUCUCAAUGAACUCACGUGCAUCUGCGUGGUGGGCAUCGAAGACCCAGUGCGACCUGAGGUCCCAGAAGCCAUCCGCAAGUGCCAGCGGGCAGGUAUCACAGUCCGCAUGGUCACUGGUGACAAUAUCAACACAGCCCGGGCCAUCGCCAUCAAGUGUGGCAUUAUCCACCCUGGAGAGGACUUCCUGUGCCUGGAGGGCAAAGAAUUCAAUCGGAGGAUCCGCAACGAGAAGGGGGAGAUUGAGCAGGAGCGGAUUGACAAGAUCUGGCCAAAGUUGAGGGUGCUGGCUCGCUCCUCGCCCACGGAUAAGCACACCCUGGUCAAAGGCAUCAUCGACAGUACACACACUGAGCAGCGGCAGGUGGUGGCUGUGACGGGGGAUGGGACCAACGACGGGCCUGCUCUCAAGAAGGCAGAUGUGGGCUUCGCAAUGGGCAUCGCAGGCACAGAUGUGGCCAAGGAGGCCUCAGACAUCAUCCUGACAGACGACAACUUCAGCAGCAUCGUCAAGGCAGUGAUGUGGGGCCGUAAUGUCUAUGACAGCAUAUCUAAGUUCCUGCAGUUCCAGCUGACCGUCAACGUGGUGGCUGUGAUCGUGGCCUUCACAGGCGCCUGCAUUACACAGGACUCCCCUCUCAAAGCUGUGCAGAUGCUCUGGGUGAACCUCAUCAUGGACACAUUUGCUUCCCUGGCCCUGGCAACAGAGCCACCCACCGAGACUCUGCUCUUGAGGAAACCUUACGGCCGCAACAAGCCGCUCAUCUCACGAACCAUGAUGAAGAACAUCCUGGGCCACGCUGUCUACCAGCUCACCCUCAUCUUCACCCUGCUCUUCGUGGGUGAGAAGAUGUUCCAGAUUGACAGUGGAAGGAACGCCCCACUGCACUCCCCACCCUCGGAGCACUACACCAUCAUCUUCAACACCUUCGUCAUGAUGCAGCUUUUCAACGAGAUCAACGCCCGCAAGAUCCACGGCGAGCGCAACGUCUUUGACGGGAUCUUCCGGAACCCCAUCUUCUGCACCAUCGUUCUUGGCACUUUUGCCAUCCAGAUAGUGAUCGUGCAGUUUGGUGGGAAGCCCUUCAGCUGUUCGCCACUCCAGCUGGACCAGUGGAUGUGGUGCAUCUUCAUAGGCCUGGGAGAGCUCGUCUGGGGCCAGGUUAUCGCCACCAUCCCUACCAGCAGGCUCAAGUUCCUGAAGGAGGCAGGGCGGCUAACACAGAAGGAGGAGAUCCCUGAGGAGGAGUUAAAUGAGGAUGUGGAAGAGAUAGACCAUGCAGAGCGGGAACUUCGCCGUGGCCAGAUCCUGUGGUUCCGGGGCCUGAAUCGGAUCCAGACACAGAUUGAAGUAGUCAAUACUUUCAAGAGCGGGGCCUCCUUCCAGGGGGCCCUGCGGAGACAGUCCUCCGUCACCAGCCAGAGCCAGGACAUCCGCGUCGUGAAGGCGUUCCGUAGCUCUCUCUAUGAAGGGUUAGAAAAACCCGAGUCUCGAACAUCCAUCCAUAAUUUCAUGGCUCAUCCUGAAUUCCGGAUCGAAGAUUCCCAGCCCCACAUCCCCCUCAUCGAUGACACCGACCUGGAAGAAGAUGCCGCGCUCAAGCAGAACUCGAGCCCGCCGUCCUCGCUCAACAAGAACAAUAGCGCCAUCGACAGCGGGAUCAACCUGACGACCGACACGAGCAAAUCAGCUACCUCUUCAAGUCCAGGGAGCCCCAUCCACAGCCUGGAGACGUCGCUUUAGCUGAGGCCCCUGUCGCCUGGCCACGCUCAUGGACCCGCCGCCACCCGCCUCCAGGCGCAUACCCUUCCAGGCACCAACUCCCCGAUGCAACAAGGAGCACUGGGCGGAACCCACACAGCAGAGAGAGAACCCAGUUCCACACACAGACCUUUCUCUGGCUGCCGUGCUGUUUGAACUCUUUUUCACUCCUUAGCCCGUGGGCAGGGUUGCCCUGGGGUCACCUGGAGCAGAGAGUGGCGUGGAUUUUUUUCCAAAACAUAAAAAAAAUAAUAACGAAUUAAUUUUAAAAAAAAGAGCCCUUCCAGGCUCCAGCUCAGACAAGGACCAGCCAUGCACCCGCCGGCCACUGCGUCCCCAGCAUGAAUGUACCUGGACACUUUUAAUCCCCUUCCUCUUUGGUUCUUGGAGGGUUAGGGAGGGGAGAUUUUUGUUUGUUUUCUUAGGCGGGAACUGCAAACAGGAACUGCAAACAGACUGCUGUUCAUUCAGUCCACUGGUCUAUGAGGUUUCAAAUGCUUGCCCAGCAUGGUCUCAAAUGUCUAGAUUAAUUUAAUAACUUUUUGAAAUCACAGAGUAGGUUUGCACCAAUGAAACCCAAGAACUCCACAGACACUCAUGAGGUUAUAUCCGUUUCUUUGUAUCUAUAUCAACGUAUACUUCUUGAAGACUGUAUACGUGCGUAUAGAUAAGUAGAUAUUAUAUAUAUAUAUAUACAUAUAUAUACAUGGAUAUAUAAAGUUCCUUUGCCGGCA